AUGAAUAGACUCGGGCGGAGGUUUGCCUCUGCGUCGUCGUCCGCUCCCACAUCUGUUGCACAACCGCUCUCUUCUCACUGUUCUCGCAGGAGCUUGCUGGCUUCGUUCUUCAAUAAUUCUACCAGGAGUUCGAGAUGGAUGAUGUCUCUCGCGGGACCCACCUCUCGAACCUUCUCUUCGUCACCCAAUACAAUGAUGAGACGUACUCCUAGAAUUGGUAGUGGCGGCGCAGGUCCAAGGUGGAUCAAUAGUUCGGGUUCAGGUUCAGGGAAGGAUGGCAAGGGAGUAGGCAAAGAAUCAGACGAAACAGAAGACAAUACCUCAACCGAAGAAGUCAAGGCUAGUAGUAUAGAAGGGACUAACUCCGAGGGAGGUGAGAGUGACUCGGAUUCAACGCCUCCCGCUUCGUCUUCCGGAAACAACAAGUCAUUGACCAAACCGACUGUCCCGACGAAUUACCCAACCGUUCUGGCUCUCCCUAUUGCCCGUCGUCCUCUUUUCCCAGGCUUCUACAAAGCGGUCGUGAUAAAAAACCCCGCUGUUGUACGUGCAGUCAGGGAUAUGAUGGCGCGAGGGCAGCCGUAUCUCGGCGCUUUUCUACUCAGGGAAGAAGAAGGAAAGGACGGCCAGGGUGAAGCGCUAGAUAAGGAUGUUAUUUCGAGCUUAGAUGAAGUUCAUGAAGUUGGCGUCUUUGCUCAGAUAACCUCUGUGUUUAGCGCGAACCCAAACCCUACCGCUUCUUCAGAAGGAAACAAGGACGUGGAUAAGUCUUCUGGUGAGGACACAGAGGAGUACCUCACUGCUGUUCUGUACCCACAUCGGAGGAUCCUGAUCACUGAACUCCUCAAAAAUGGGACUGCAUCGGAACCCACGGAGGCUCGUGUUGAGCUUGUAGAGGAUGAUCAACCACCAGAGAUUCAAACUGCUACUCCUCCCCAAACACCUACUGACGAGACCCCCACGUCCGGCCGAUUCUCACCGAUCACGUCCUUCCUCAACUCGCACCCAGUAUCUGUUGUUAACACUGUGCAUUACCCAACUUUGCCCUAUACUAAAUCCUCUCAGCAUAUACGUGCUCUUACUGCUGAAAUAGUGACCGUGUUCAAGGACAUUGCGCAGUUGAACCCUCUCUUCCGGGACCAAAUUACCAACUUCUCUAUCAACCAGGUUGCCUCCAACGUCUUCGACGAACCAGACCGAUUAGCUGACUUUGCUGCUGCUGUAUCUAGCGGUACAUCAGGCGAACUGCAGGAGGUUUUGGAAGAAGUGGAUGUGGCCAACAGGCUCGGCAAGGCAUUAGUGGUCCUGAAAAAGGAAUUGAUCAACGCUCAGCUCCAGAACAAAAUUUCCAAAGACGUGGACACCAAAAUUGCUAAACGUCAACGCGAGUAUUAUCUCAUGGAACAGCUGAAGGGUAUCAAGAAGGAAUUGGGACUCGAGUCAGAUGGGAAGGAUAAGCUGUUACAAAAAUUCAAGGAUCGAGCGGCGCAGCUGGCUAUGCCUGCGCCGGUCCGGAAGGUCUUCGACGAAGAGCUCAACAAGCUCGCGUCUUUGGAACCUAGCGCAAGCGAGGCCAACGUGACCAGGACGUACCUUGAAUGGAUCACUCAGCUCCCUUGGGGUGUUUAUACACCUACCCGGUACAGCGUGGAAGCUGCCAGACAGGUUUUAGAAGAAGAUCAUUACGGUUUGAAAGAGUUGAAGGAGAGAAUAUUGGAAUUCGUUGCAGUAGGAAAACUCAGAGGCAGUCUUGAGUCUGCGUCUUCCGUUGCUCAAAAUCUGGAUCCUGUUGUCGACUCGUCGUCAUCUUUGGAAUCCAACAAAUCCGUACCUCCUCCUCCCCCUGCUCAAAACGACAGACUUCCCACACCUGAAGGCAAAAUCAUACUUUUACAUGGACCACCAGGUGUUGGUAAGACUUCGGUUGGUAAAUCUCUUGCGAGAGCAGUCGGUCGCGAGUUCUUCCGAUUCUCGGUCGGUGGACUGGGUGAUGUUGCUGAGAUCAAAGGGCACAGAAGAACCUAUGUCGGUGCCCUUCCUGGAAAAAUGGUCCAAGCUCUCAAACGAGUUGGAACUUCGAACCCUCUUGUUCUUAUAGACGAAAUCGAUAAGCUCGGAAGAGGACACAAUGGCGAUCCGUCUAGCGCUUUACUGGAAAUGCUGGACCCUGAACAAAAUAAAGAGUUCUUAGAUCAUUACCUUGAUCUUCCGAUAGAUCUUUCUCGAGUAUUGUUUGUCUGUACUGCAAACAAUCUUUCAGCCAUCCCAGCGCCUUUGUUAGACCGUAUGGAAGUUCUUGAGGUCAGUGGGUAUGUCAGUGAGGAGAAAAGGGUCAUCGCAGAAAGAUACCUUGCUCCUCAGGCGAAAGCCUCUGCCGGUCUUCAAGACGCUGACGUCGUGGUGGAACGUUCCGCGAUUGAUUCAUUGAUCAAAUGGUAUGCCAGGGAAAGUGGUGUUCGAAAUUUGAAGAAGAUGGUUGAGAAAAUUUACCGCAAGACCGCAUUGAAGAUCGUCCAAGACCUCGGCGAAGAAAAGUUACCUGAACCUCCACUACCAGCAGACGCCGCCGCCGCCGCCGUUACUCCAGUUACGGAACACAGUUCUGAGGCACCCCUAACCCCACUCGCCGAUCCUGAUCCUGAGCACGACCAGAAGAUUCACCCAACUACGACUGAGAAGCGAGCUCCGCUAGUUAUCCCUACUUCCGUACAUGUUCGGAUAACAGCAGAUAAUCUCAAAGAUUAUGUCGGGCCUCCUGUGUAUCAAAAGGAUCGGAUGUAUGAGGGACCCGGAAGAUUGGUCAAAGGAGUCAGUACGGGGUUGGGCUACUUGGGUAAUGGGAGUGGAGCUGUGAUGCCUAUCGAGACUUUGACUACCCCUGGCAAAGGAUCCAUCAUCUUGACCGGUAAACUCGGUGAAGUCAUCCGCGAAUCGGCCCAGAUUGCUCUAUCAUGGGUGAAGGCACAUGCCUAUGAUCUUCGUAUAACAUCGUCCCCAGACGAACAAUGGCUAGUAAAUCGGGAUGUGCAUAUACAUAUGCCGGAGGGAAGUAUUGGGAAGGAGGGACCAAGCGCUGGAACUGCGAUCUUGAGUGCGUUGGUUAGUCUUGGAUCCGGAGUAGGUGUCAGGGGGGAUGUCGCUAUGACAGGAGAAAUAUCACUCGCAGGACACGUUCUUCCUGUGGGUGGAUUAAAGGAGAAAAUCCUUGCUGCCCACCGUGCUGGCAUCAAGACUAUUUUGGCUCCUGCUGCUAACCGGGCUGAUAUCGAAGAGAACGUACCCGACAGCGUGAAGGAAGGAAUCAAACUGAUAUACGUAGAAGAUGUUAGGGAGGUCCUAAAGGAGGUGUUUGGUGGUGCUGUGGUUGAAGGUUCAGGCGAGGAUGUUGUAUCACGGUGGGCGGAUAGCGUUCAGGUCAAGGAAAAAGAGAGGUUUCCCGAGUCCUCCGGAAAUUAA